AUGUAUCAUAUGUUGGUAUUAUAUUUGGGAGCAGUCACACUGCUGGGUUCCAUUCAGGGUUCUCCAAUUCCUGCUACUGACUCUGUUAAUCUUCUACAAGCUAUUCAAAGUGAUAUUAAGAGUCUGAACAACCUUCAGAAAGUAAGUAUACAAAUAAUAAGCAAUUAAGAUGUUGUGAUUACAUGUGGUUAUGUUACUGGACAGAGAUUAAAAUUACUCUAUUAACUGUAUGUUUCUUUUAUUGUCUAGGUAACAGAAGGCUACGAAUUUUUCACACCAACCAGAAUCAAUGUAAGAUCUAUUUAUAAAUUCUCACACGUUUUGCGUAUAUUAAUAUUUGGGACAGGAGUGUAACAACCAGUUUAAAAAAUAUAUUAUAAAAACCACUGGGGAAGCUUAUUAGCGAACUGAAUAGUUAAUUUCCUUAGUAGAAUCAAACUUGUUACUCAUGUCUAUGUAUUGCGCAAUUUACCUUUUUUUUUUUUACACAACUGCUUGUAUUAUGUAUAUACACACAUUCUCUUUACUUAUAAGCAGUUGUGCAGUCAUUCUUCCUUUCACUUUGGUUGGAUAAUUAAAUUCUACUGUUUUAAGUAGUUGUACCCCACUCUUUUACAUUUUACGAUUAAGAUGCUUUGACUGUCAGAAAAUGUGUUUGAACUAUUUUAAUGAUAUAUUUCCCAUGGAUUAAAUGGUUAAAUAACAUUAAUAGAUUGAUGUACAAGAACAUGAUGUUAUGGAUCUAUUUGCUAGAGAAUGGAGUGGGGAAUAUAGACAUAGACAUUGUAAAAUAAAAGUGACACUACAGGCAUCCAGACCACUUCAUUUCAAUGACGUGGUCUGGGUGUCACUUCCCUAUCUUUUAACCCUGCAACCAAGAACAUUUUGUUUUACAGGAACGGCAAUGUUUACAUUGCAGGGCUAACGUGUCUGGUGGCUGCCACAAUGACAGCUGCUAGAGGCAUUUCAGCCUCAACAGCAGAGUGAAAUUUAGCUAUUCAACAGAUAGUUUUAGAGACUUGCAGACCUGAUUGGUGCAGCAGUGCGUUUUACUACAUAUGUGUACCAGCCUCCUAAUGCUUUCCUGAGGAAAACCAUUAGAUUGGCUGAUCUCAUCAAGGCUGAUGUCCUUAAUCAAGAAGGCAAGGCAGUAAUAGAGAGAGCCAUGGUGAGGGAGAAAAGGUAAAUAAACUAUGUUUUUGCUUCACAUACGGAGGAGGUACGCUCACCAAUGAGCAGGUCACUAUACAUAUUUGUAUCCCUUACACUAUAAUGUUCUAUAGCGUUCCUUCCAGAUCAGAGCUGGAAAAUGGCAUUCGUUCAAACUGUGUUUUCUUUUCUAAUUUGAAAAUGUUGCCUUCAUUAUGCCAGUCAGCUGUCCAAUGACUGGUAUUAAAAUUGUGAUUCUACAUAUAUAACAUUACAUAUAAAAUUGAACAGAUAUAAGAUGGGAGUAAACCCACCUAUAAGAGGGCGCUUAACUAUACAGGCAAAGGAUUGAAAGCAAUAAAAAGAUAAACAAUUUUAUUCUGCACUUCGAGCAGUAAAAAGUGAAAUAUAACAAAGACCACUACACAGCAGUACAAUUAUAAGACUCUAAAAAAACCUUUUCGUCUAAACAACGCUAUGCUAACAAGCAGGAUAGAUGGAUAACAAAGACUUAGGUCGCGAAUCCUCAGUCUAAAUAACUACUUGCAGCUUAUAGACAAUAUGAAUAGACAAAAAUAGGAAAGGUGCUUAAAUACGGUCUCUGGACUGCUGGAUCUUCUGGUCAAAUGGUUCAGGCUCAACGCGUUUCGUCCCGCGCUUUUCGGGACUUCCUCAGGAGCUGUGGAUGCUGUGAUUCUCUUGCUGCCGUUCUUUCUUCUUAUAUGCGUUCCACUUUUCGAUCUUCGCGCUCAAAAAUCUGCCUUCGCGCAUGCGCACACCAAUAUCGAUCUCCUUCCAGCUACGGAUCCUCGUAUGGACCAAUAGCUCUCGGGACAUUUGGCGCGCAUGCGUAGCAGAAUGAGGCUACGUGAUAUUGUACUGGCAUUCGAGUUAAGUUACAAUGUAGCACUGUGGCAGCUACAAGUAACAAAAAACCUCGUUACAUUAUGCCCAUUAUUAUAAAGAAAACGGCCUUAGCAUUCACCACUGAAUAAUAAGUAUAUAAAAAAGGGGGAAAACCCGGGGAUACAUUGGUUUCCAAUAUUAGAUACAUAUUGUUGUACCUAAACAAAAUAAAAAAAAUAAAUAAAAUAAAAAAUUUAUAAAAAGACUGAAAAACUUAAAAAUAUAUAUAUAUUAAAAGGUAUAUUAAGAAAAAUUAUAUAUAUUAAAAAUUGUGUGUAUAUAUAUAACAGGAACCAAAGAUGUUGCAUGUGUAAUUAUUAGUGGUGAUCUUUACAAUAUAAAUAGAUAAUUUAAUACACCCUUAAUUUGCAAUAUUUGACCAUAUCCUUACAUAUAACAAUGCCAAUAUUUCAAUGUUCCAUGUAAAAUACUUAUAUCUUCAUCUGCAAAAAAAACAUAUUUUCAGUAUUAGAUAUUCUCAGAAAGAACAGAUGUAUAUAGAUCUAAAACCCAAUCGUUUACAUUCUCAAUUUAAUCCAAUUUCAAUAUUACAUAUAAAAUUGGCAUACAUGCAGGCAAUAUUAAAUCUGAAGAAUCAAAUAACAAUUUGCUGAAAAAUGCUGAGCGUUGUACGUAAUUAUAAGAAAAUGGCUUGUUUCCCUAAAAAAGCUUAUGAUUAGACAUCUCUGAAUAUGUGUAAACAAGAUGACUAUUAUUCAUUGAAUGCUUGUUGAAUUGUAUUUGAGCACAUCAGCGAAAGAAGUACAUACAAUAUAUUUAAAGAUCAUUCGGCUUGUAUGUUUUUUUUCCAUGUUUUCCUUUAUUUGAAUGCGAUAGAUGGUAGACUUAAGGCAAGCAUUCCUGAGAUUCAUUAGGUGUUGCACAAAACUCUGUGGGGCUGAAAUGGUUAAUGAACAAAAUUAGACAAAAGUUGUUUUUUUCCCGAUAAGGCAGCGACAAGAUCUUUAUCUUGCUAGAAAGGAAGCUGCAAACACAGUGAAAUAUCUGUCACUGGCUUGGAAGACUUUAUUAUCAUAAACUAAUACAUGCUCUCAUUCUGUGAAAUGGAGAGACUAGAAUAUGGGCUGCCAUUCAGGACUCAAAGUCAAAAGUGCAGCAAUUAGGGAGUGAAAAUGUAACCCUGGCACGUAGAAAUUCAUCUCUGAUGAGUGUGCCAUGGAAACUCUAGGCUUGCAAUGGGGAGUAUCCUUUAGGCCUGGCUAGUGGCACGUGGCUUGAAAGUUUGGGCCUAGUCUAAAUUAUUGCAUUUGAAUAAAAUAACCCUUGUAAUUCUGAUACGUACAUCUGUUUCCUUCAGGCUACAAGCUUAUCUGAGGCUCUGGCAUGCUUUGCCUUGGAAAUGUGCAGCAUAGAGGAAGUAUUAGAAAAUGAAAAUGAAGUCAACACUGAAGCGAUAAAUAUUUCACACCUGAUUUUGGAAAAUGCAUCUGGAUAUCUGGUAAGAAAAAUGCACCUAUAUUGCUGACCACAGCUCCUACCGCAUGGCUCUUUCCUCUGCAAAAGUAAACUACUUCAACACCCUCAUAAGCACACUGUCCCAUCAACCCAAACACCUGUUUCACACUUUGGAUGGUCUUCUUCGCCCUGUGACUCCCCCUCCUAAAAAUGGGAAUAUUUUAGCAUAAAAUAAAAAUAGUGUGCUAUACUAUAAAGAAGCCUAGAUCCCAAAUUUAAAAAAAAGAAAAAUAAAAUAGCUCCCCCCCUUGUCAGAAUAGAGACUCUAGGGAGGGAAGUUCUAAUCCCAUGUACAGUCAAGCAUGAGUAGUGGGGAAAAAGGAACACCAAAGAUAACGUUCUCAAUGUUGACCAUGAAACAUUUUAAUGAGUACAUGCAGAAGAAUAAAAUACACAAGGGAGCCACACAAAAUAAAUAUAUAAAGUUCUCCAGAAGAACUCUAUAUAAUAUUUCGUGUGACUCACCUUGUGCAUGUAAUCUUUAUAAAAGUACUCAUUAAAAAGUUUCAUGGUCUACAUGCAGAAUGCUGUAUAAGGCAUGAUUCUUUGUGUAAUUAAAGAUAGUGUGGUCAGAUUUAUUUUCUCUCUAAAAUUAGAACAAAAGUAAGUCCCUUUAGGUUCUGAGCUUAAUAAAUGUCUAAAAAAUCCUGGUAAAUAUGGUUCCAAAUAUGUGAAUACUAUACCAAGCUGUGACUAUAGAACAGUUGGGGAAUUUGUGUUGUUUUUCCUGCAAUUAAGAGUUUAGUGUAUAAACAAUGUAGAAAAUGAAAAAAUCACUUUUUGUAUUCCUAAAUGGGAAAGCUGCAUGGUAUAAGCAUAGACUUGUGUAUUCAUAGUAAUAGACAAGAUGUAUUAUAAUUAUUUCUAUUCCGAAAGGUCUGAAUCUUUCGACAAUAUGGUCUACCCUGAUUUUGGGAACCUAUACCGCUGUCCUAGGCUGGUUUACUUGUACCAGGGAAUUUUCUCCAGCCAGCACAGAGCAAGUGCAUCAUUAAAUAUGAUUACGCUCUGCUGAGGAUCAUGUUCAGUGAGCUUCAGCAGCACCCUCUGCAUUGUCUGGCCUGAUUAUGGCCAGUCAGGAGGCAGUCAAUCGGCCUCGUGAGCAUUCAUGCCAGGCUGACAUGCCCCAUCUUUGAGUCGCACUGCUACUUAUUCAGGUGGGAUAACGCAUUUAGUACAUUACUAGUAAAAACAAGCGGCAUCACUAUAUUUGCAAAUAUAUUCUCCAUUUAUUUAUUUUAAAAAAUUGACCAUUUAUUUAUUUAAAAAAUUGACCAUUUAUUUAUUUAAAAAAUGGAGGUAAAAAUAAUUUGCGUUUUUGGUUCAGUCAUGAAAAGCUGUAAAAGAUUGUGUCAGAGGAGGAAAGGAUAUGUAUAGCGCAUGCCUUUCCAGAGGGUGCACACGGAAUUAGUGCUUGGUUGAAAAGGAGGAACAUAAUUCUUGAUAUAGCUGUUAAUGGCAGGAUGGGUUACAGCUGCCCUGAUUGUCACACAUUGACAGUGUACCAUAACCAAUAGAAUGUACAAAGAGUGUGCUUGGUGCCUGGAAAUCCCCUUAGAAAUUUAAGGGACACUAUAGUCACCAGAACAACUACAGCUUAUUGAAUUUGUUCUGGUGAGUAGAAUCAUUCCCUUUAGGCGUUUUGCUGUAAACAGUGUCUUUUCAGAGAAAAUGCAGUGUUUACUUUACGGCCAAGUCAUACCUCCACUGGCCACUUCUCAGAUGGCUGCUAGAGGUGCUCCACAGUGAGCAGCAUUGCCAUUCAGUGUCUUGACCCUUUGCAUGCAGACACUGAACGUUCCUCAUAGAGAUGCAUUAAUUCAAUGUUUCUCUAUGAUAGGGGUUCUCAACCCAGUCCUCAAGGACCCCCUACCAGUCCAGGAUCUAGGGAUUACCUGGGUGUGUCUAAGGUGUUUAGAAAAAAAAAACACAGGCUCUAAUGUGUUUUGUUUUCUUUUUCUAAUCACCUUAAACACAUACAGGUAAUCCCUAAAUCCUGGACUGGUAGGGGGUCCUCGAGGACUGGGUUUAGAACCCCUGCUCUAUGAGGAGAUGCUGAAUGGCCAAGGCUGUGUUUGACUUGUGCUUGCUCUGCCUCCUUGACAGUCUCAGCCAAUCCUAUGGGGAAGCAUUGCGAUUGGCUCAGACCACAACUUCUGAUUAUGUCAGCAGACAGUUUCAGAGGCCACCCACGGACACCUGAAACCUGAAGUUCGCGGUGACGUACACCCACCCACAGCACCAAAUGCGGUUAUGUUAGGGAUAGAGUUAGCCCCAACUCUGAUUUUCCUUUUAUUUUUAUUGAGAACUUUAUUUUUAUUUUUUAACGUUACUUAAUCACAUCACAGUGCUUGUUACCGCAAGGCAUAUACUCCUCUUUCGGGACUCUCAUUCCCUCCCAUUUACUGCGAUUCAACACGAUGAUCCUUCAUAGUCCACAUCACAAUGUGCAGAUGUUCCUAGAUUACAUUUAGCCAGUCAGAAAUAAUGUGACAUCAUGCAAGUUUUUUUUAAGUCUAUUUGUGGCACACUUCUCCUUGUACUUUUGCUUGCAUUUAAAAAUGUAGCGUACCGUGCUGGUACUUGUUUGUAUGACCCAGAUAUGCUACAACAAAAAUAUAAAAUAAAAUUAAAAAAAAAUAAUAAUAGAAAAAAAUAUUAAAACUUAGUGACUGGGCAGCCAUUGCCUAUCAGAGUGCUACCAUGGUUUGGCUUACAACCCAGCUAAUCAGACUGCUCGAAUGAGAACUCAAAGUAUUGCAGUCUUUAUAAAGACCUUUUCUUACCUUAAAGCUCAUUCUGUGAGGAUCCUUCUUGGUCUCUCCGCUCUGCCCGUGACCUUCUCCAGUGCGUUGCGCGCACCCAUAUGGCAAAUUCACACUUGCAGGACUUCUCGCGGGCGGCUCCCUUCUUAUGGAAUAGCCUGCCUACCACCAUCAGACUCUCCCCUAGUCUUCAAUCGUUUAAGAAGUGCCUUAAAACCCAUCUCUUUAGGAAAGCUUAUGGCCUCCCAGAGUAACAUCUACCUCACAUACCUGUCCCUUGCUCUCUCCUAAAGGGCAGCACUCUACUCUCUCCUCCAGCUCUGCUUCACUCCCACCUUAUUUGAUUGCUAUUUCCUGUCCGAAUGUGUUUUAUACCCUACCUCUUAUUGCUCAUUUGGGCAGGGUCCUCUUCAACCUAUCGUUUCUGUAAGUUUUCUUGUAAUUGUCCUAUUUAUAGUUAAAUCCCCCCUCUUAUAAUAUUGUAAAGCGCUAUGGAAUCUGUUGGUGCUAUAUAAAUGGCAAUAAUAAUAUUACCUCAUCUAUCAAUCCCACAAAAUUGUUGAGCAUCUUUAUUAUGGGAUAGGAAAUGUUUAGAUACUGACUAACUUCCUGCAAUGCCCAGCUGUCCUUAACAUCUAGUGGUCAUAUCCAUACGCCACAAAAACAUUCCACUAAGUAAAUUGCAUUUUUGUAUUGCAUGUAAUGGUUUGUAUUCAUAUAUGUUUUGUUUGUUUUAUUGGAAUUAAACCUGGUAAUUUGAUAGCAUUUAGCAUGAUAAAAUGAAUAACUGUAAAUCAAAUAAAACACAACUAAAUUGAUCGUAGAAAAGGAGAACACAGACCAUAACGUGUUAUCUGAUAUGGGCAGUGGUUUAACAACUUAAAGGUGUACACAACCUCUUUAAGCAAUCCAAAAUUACACAGAAAUAAAAACUGUUUUUAAGUCACAAGAUGGCUGACAGCAGGUUACCAGCAGAUUCAGUGCCGCCAUUGGAAAGAAACUGAUGGUGUUACUAAUUCAAAAUGAAUUCAAAGUAAAUUUAUAAAAUUUAAGACAAAAAUGGCUGAAUAGGAAAGAUUAAUUCUCCAAGUCAGCUAUGCUUUAAGUUCAGCUAUUGUGGUCUAAAAUAUUUUACCUUAAAAAUCCCAACAAUUCUCAGUUCAGUUUCCAUGCAAGAAGGUAAAAAUAAGCACACAUUUUUCAGUCACUGACUCAAUCAAGUUUACACCCAUUUUUUUUUCCUUUUAUAUUCUGUAGCCGAUCUCCUGGCAAACACGCCAAAGUGAUACUAUACCUGUGAUUCAAUUAUUCUAUAGAUAUUCUAUACAUAUUUUAUAACAAGAUGCAGGAGGAAACCUCUCUCAUAGUUACGAAGGAUUUAAUACAGGUUUUUUUUUUUUUUUUAAGUUUUAAAGUUCAAAUUUAUACAGUUUAUUUUUUCAGAAACGUUAUAUUGAAUCCUACAAUUUUCUAACCACAACUUUAUUUUUUUUCUUGUAGAACAUAACAGAAAGCUCGUGUGAAAAUGUUUCAUCAUCACUACUUGUAAGUAUUGGUUAG